ACAGAGCAAUAUCGUUUAUUAUGUGCCGAAUUGGAGAUGAUAAUACGUGGUUAUGCCACAAAUUCUCACCAUAAGGUCAUAUUGGAAAAUAUACAAAAUGUGAGAGCGGCAUGCGGAGAUGCCGGUAUUAAGGCAGAGAAUAAAAACAGUCGCGAUUCAUCUGGUAAGAAUAUAAUAAGAGAUUCACCAUUAUCGCCACCACAUUCAAUGGAUAGUAGCUCAAAUAACGCCAGUAGUAUAUUGAAGGCAAACAAACGCAACUUAAUUAAUGCAGGACAGCGAACACUCUUCGAUGUUGUAAUCAACGUCGAGCGAAGUCAAAAUAGCAAAAGGCCCGAGUUUACAGGUCGCUUGUGUACACCAACAGGACAAGUGGCUAAACUUUAUCCGGAUUUCGGUUCUAAAGAAAAAGAAGCUAGCAGUGCCGCCAGUGUCGCCGCGAAAGAUGAAACUUUGCCCAUUAAGACAGAUGGAUCCAAUCUACGUUCAUAAGUUACACUAUGUUGAAAAAACUUUCUAAAAUUGAUAAUAAAGAAAUACAAAGUUGUAUGCACAUAUAUACACAUA